UGCGGAACUAGUGUGAGGAGCCAAUAGGAGUGGGCGAUGGUUCAGCGGAGACAACGGCCGGUCGACCAAUCCCUUGUCACCAAAACCAAGCACCAAAUUUGUAUUUUUGUACACGAGCUGCCUCUUCUCCCCGUUUCAGAUCCGGUGGAGUAAACGAAGAUGAUGGAUGCACUGUCGGUAGUGAGUCAGCUGCGGGACCUGGCCUCUGAGCCUCAGAACCGAGAGGUGAUCGUCCAGGAUCAGGGCUGUCUCCCCGGGCUGGUUCUCUUUCUGGACCACCAGAACCCGGACGUGCUACUUGCAACUCUUCAGACCCUGCGCUACUUGGCUGAGUUGACUCCCAACAUCUCCACCAUGGCAAAUGAACUGGGUAUGAUGGUGAGCUUGGAGAAUCUAAUUGGGAGGGACGGCUUGUCUGUUGACAUCACUUCCUUGGCCAAAGAGUUGUUUGACAUUCUGAGCGCACCCGUGCCACGCAUACCUGAGCGGCAGAUUAGGAAGAAGACCCAGUUCUUCAUCAACUCCGCCCAAAAGAAGGCCAAGUCCGUCACGCUUCACAUCCAUGGCCUGGACAGCACUGACCAGCGAGGUUUGUGUGAGGAGGCUCUUCUAAAGGUCAAAGGAGUGAUCAGCUUUACCUUCCAGAUGGCUUCCAAGAGAUGCACGGUCCGCAUCCGUUCCGACCUGCCCACUGAGAGUCUGGCAUCCGCUAUUGCUGCCACUAAGGUAUUGUCCGCUCAGCAGGUGGUAAAGAAUGAGGCAGGAGUAGAGGUUUUCAUCCCUCUGAACCCAUCUGAAGUGGAGGUGCAGCAGAACUUGGCUCUUCCGGACUACCUCCCGGAAGAAGAGGAGAGCCCAGAGAGGGAGGUCGACCGAGCGAUUUCCCGCACCACAGCGAAGGCGGACUCCAGCGGAAGCUGGCUCGGCUCCGCCGCCAGUUUCCUCACCAAAACGUUCUACUGGUGAAACUGGAGCGCUCAAAGACUUCAACUGUUCUGUACUCUACAGAAGAGGACUUAACUGGAUGUUACCACACCCCCCAACAUCCUGGCUUUGUGCGCACAGCCAACUUAAAAACUCAAAAUAAAUCCUUGUAAUUACUGCAAGUUAAACACUUGCAGAAGUGGCUUCCUUUAUUUGAAUGGAGACACACUUGAACAAUCUUGUCUCUGGACCUGCAUGUUUUUUUUUCUGUCCAUUUGAUUUUCCUUACAUGUAUAUAUUUUCUUAGAAUUGCAGUUGAACUGUCCAUUUUCUCUAUAAAAAACACCCACUGCUGUUUGUAGUUCAUGACAAAAUAAAUACAUUUUCAAUGUU